AUGCGAACGUUCAGCUUUAAGAUCACGCGUACGUGCCAUAAGGUGUUAGGUCACUGGAGCGUAUGGGUCUUCGCUGUCGCUGUAUCUGAUGCAGCUGAUAGUACUGGCACAUUUAAUAGUAAUAGUAAUAAUAGUGGGAAACCUUUUUGUUCCGAAUACAAGCCGUGGCUGGAGAAGCCUACUGUCACGUGGGAACCCAAUGGCACGUGUAUGGCAGCUACUUACGAGGGACAUGAUACGCUACUAUCACGCAGUCACACGUGUAAAUGCCAGAAUAGUUUAGCCAAAAAGCUGGGACUGUGUUACACGCCUGUGCCUGACGGUUGCACAUUUAAGUCAGACAACCUGCUCCAGAAUGCUAUUAAUAGUAUUCUCGAGGAUACCUGUGUCAUAGGGGAUUCGCUGGCGCGGCAUCUGGCUAUGGCGUUUCUACGGCGUGUGGAUCGGCCGUAUGAAGAAAGGGAUCAGUUCUACUACCAGAGCCAUGUGAUGUUCCACCAUCGCACGCACAAACCACUCACCUUAGACGAAGGAGAGGUCUGUUCAGAGAAAGCCAAGGCUAUGAGUACAGACGAGGGGUAUAAGCAACUGUGUACGAAUGCUGUGGCUAAAGACGGCACAUACGACUUUGAGGAGAGCAUGUGCAACCCACUGGAAACGAGUUAUAACAACGCCGCUGGUCAGAAGGUUGGCCUGAGAGAACUGUCGGCCAAGCACCACUGUGAUUGGCAGUACCAUCGCACGCUGGAACAGAACCUUUGGGUCAAGUUUCUAGAGGAGAAGAAAUGCCACAGACUCGUUUAUAUUGGCGGCCACCAUUGGUGGAAAGAACCGGGCGCUCACGAGAACUAUGCCAUGUUAGUAUGUAUCUAA